AUGAAUCACUUCCGUCUACCUUCGGGAAGCUCUGUACCAAACAUCUUCAACUUCAAUCAGCCUUCUCCGGUUUCGAGCCCACUACGCCCUCAGCAGCAGCAGAAACAAGCCGCCCAGCCCCGCCAAAUCCACAGAAAUAGAAUAUCUUACUCCUGCCAUGCUUGCCGACGUCGGAAAGUCAAAUGCGAUCGCUUGCAUCCCAUCUGUAGUAACUGUACAAAGACAGUAGAAUCUUGUGUCUACGAUGACCACGCGAUCAAUGGAAACAAAGGUGGCAAGGAUGAAAAGAAUCAGAAGGCUGGAGGCGGGACGAAACGGCGAAGGACAAACGAGGGCACUCUAACGAUGAGUGAAGAUGGGGAGGAAGGGGGAAACGGCAUGAAUCCGACAGCUACUAGGAUCACUACUUCUUCAGCUUCACCCCCGAAAUCGACCUUGGGAGUAAGCAAGGAAGCAGACCUAGAGACAAGAAUGAAUAGGCUUGCAGAAAUUGUGGAUAGAUGGUAUAAAGAUGCCUCUGCUCAUGGCGCUGCCCCAGAUGGCCUUGCUCCUCGGCCAGGACUCCAGACAACCGGCCAUGAUAAUGCUACAAAAACGAAUACCUUGGAUGAAAACGGGUUCGCACAAAGUCAAGCCUAUCUAUAUCUACUGCAACAAGCCACGGGACCAAUUAGACAUAAUUCUACUGACCUGAACCAUUCUGCGUCGUCAGCAUCCCCUUCUCCGACACAUACAUUAUCUCCAAAUAUAUCUAUAACACCAGGGAGUAGCAUCGGAGGCCGAAGUCAAGAAUCAGAGAAUAAUGGGCCGGGGUGGGCUGCUUCAAAUACCCCUAUUAAAAUACUCAACGAAAAGAUUGAAGCAGCGAGACAGAGUGAAAACGAUGAUGUUGAUGAUUUAGGUAUCGGCCAUCUAAGUAUUCAAGGUGGAGGAAGGUCCCGUUACGUUGGUACUAGUUUUUGGGGCCUCCUCAGUAGUGAAAUCAACGAACUAAAUCAAAUCCUUAAAACCCAUACCCACUUUGACAGAAUCGGGAAUCGGCGAGAAUGUGAAGAGCACUUUAAAAACACACCAAAACCGCAACCCACUCUAGCGCCCCCACAGCCACAGCCACAGCCAGAGUACAGGGCUGGGUGUCCACAGGCUGUAUUAGCAAUGUUCAGUAAAGCCUCGUUUCUCCAAUUCGAGCCCCGCGAGAUUGAGGCUCGUACCUGUGAAGUAGUCCCAGCAAUCCUCAAAUCACUCCCAAAUAAGUCGUUUGCAAAUCAUCUAUACAAGUCAUUUCUGCAUGGAGUCCAUCCAGUUAUGCCUCUGUUACAUGCACCAACAUUUGAUGAGGAUUAUCAGCAUUUUUGGGGAUGGUAUCCAGACAACCAGCAUCAAUUCCCCGACUCUAAGCUUACGGAGAACCCAACCUUUCUCCCGUUAUUGAUGGCCGUGCUGUAUGCUGGGGCUAUCUCAAUGUCGAGCAAAACGAUAAAUAAACUAACGGGAGGUGAAUGGACGAAAGAAACGCUUUCGUCCCGUCUCUAUGCUGCAACCAUGAAAGAGCCGCUCACAUCAUGCUCCUUUGUUGGCAUGGCAAUGCGAGUUGCGCAGUCAAUGGGGCUCCAUCGUGAUGGUUCACUAUUUGAACUUUCAGAGGUCGAGUGCGAGGUCCGUCGGAGAGUCUGGUGGCACAUUAUGUAUCUCGAUGUUCAAGGCGCCAUCGCAACAGGUCUUCCGCCCCUUGGUGGGAGCGGUGAUGACCUUUACGAUACAAAAAUGGUAUCUGAGCUCAGAGAUGAGUACAUCGGGCUUGCUCCAGGCGCCCCAGACCCGGUCACACCAAUGACCCCCCAUAACUCGCGAUGCCAGGAAUUUCAUAAAGAAAAGAUUGAUAUACGCUCCUCGCCUGCCAUGAUAUUAGCAGUGGGCCGAUAUGAAUCGACAAUUCUUCUUAGGAAGAUCAUUACCCGCUUAUUUGCAAUACGAGGGAGUAAGAGAAGUGAUUUGAUGGAGAUGGGGAAGAUGAUAUAUGAACUUAAAAUGAGUCUGGAGAAGAAGAUAUCAAGGAUACCAGCGCGGGGAAUCCCCGAAAUGGGAUUCACCCCUCCCGUGGGUUCUAAAGGGGAGCCUGAAGUACCAAAUGAGGUGGAAAGAGCUGUCGUUUUCAACUCGUGGGCGAGGAUCAUGUUGAGUUUGUUGAGCGACAGGGCAUUUGGGGUACUCUAUCAACCGUUCUUGAAGAGCGCAAAAAGCAACAUGUGGAAGCAUGCCCGUAACUGUGCCCUCCACUUUUGCCACUCCUUCCUCCGCAAGUUCCUCCACCUCUCACGAACCCAGCUCUUUCAGCCCUACCAAUGGUUCUGCCCAGGCACCUACCAACCCCUUCACGCAACCAUGAUCCUCAUUCUGGACCUCCACGAGCGCCCAUUCGCUCCUGAGGCCCCAAGUCCCGCGGCUUUGUCGACGAAGUUUUCGCCGUCUUUGGCGAGCACGGGAACUACUCUACAGGCGACGGCGAGGGUGGCCUACGAAAAAGCAGGAAUCAAAAUACCACCGUCGGCGCCACAAGAACAAUCUGGGACUACCAAGGACCCUGAUACCAAACUCGGCGGGUGCGGGGUCCAACUCGGCGGAUGCGUCAGCCCGCUCGGCGGGUGCAACAGCCAGCAGGAAUACUAUCCAAAUUUCCCACAGUUUGCGAUGGACCAUACCACGGCAGUCACACAACCGGCACCGGUCCCGCCGAUACCACCACCGUUUAUACCCGUCCAUGUGAGGCCGGUGACACCCCCGCCGCCAAAAAUGGACGAUGUGCCUGGUGGAGGUAGUUUUGAGGAGCUCCUGCAGAUGGAUACAAUCAUUGACGCUGAAGAUAAGGCGUUUUUCACGGAUGCUGUUGCGGCGCACUUUUUGCAGGAGCAGCAGUCGAGGGAUGUGGAGUUGGGCUUUGGGAUGACGGAGGAGGCGGCAUCACCACCGCCGCCGCCGGCAAGCCAGUUUACUCCGCCAGCGGAGGGCGCCGGCCAGGAUAUGAUGGACUUUGAUUGGGAGGAAUGGGAUCAGGUGUUUGGGAAGUAUGUUUCGGUCGAUGUGGGUGAUAUUCUGUAG